CUCGAUCUCGAUCUUUGGCUAAAUAACUCGGAAAAGCGCAACAUCAGUCCUAGAAGAGACGAUGAACAUGGAUCACGAUGCCCGGAGUUCCUUCAGGGCGUGGCUGCGAUGCAUGUCGCCAGCAAAAGAAAAAGUGUGACCUUUCCACACACCCAUGUGCUCGCUGCAAGCGCCUGGACAUUGCUUGCACCGGUCAGGGACAGCAGCGUUACAAAUUCAUGAGUGACGACAACAGCCCUGCUUCGAGCGACACUAGCACACGAACGACUACAAGCGCCAAAGGAGCCAAAGCCCGGAAGCCCACUCACAAUGGUCUGUCUCCGAGCACAAUAACAAUAUACCAAGGUUUCGACAAUCAUCACACCGCGCUUAUCAGGUCUUUUGUAGAGAAGAUCAAACCCUCGGUUGGAGUCAAGUACAACCUAGCCUGGACGUACGGCGACUAUCUCAACGACAUUCCAGCACGGCUCGGCACCAACGAGGCUCUAGAUGCAGCUACGGGCGCUUUUGUAACUGCCUUUCAACGCUUCUCGAACCCCGGAAUUGCUGGCGCUCAUGACGUCCUGGAGCAGUAUGGAUUGGCGUUAGCGGCGCUUCGGAACUGUCUGAGUGACACUGUCAAAGCAAAGGCACCUGAAACCCUUGGUGCAGUCUUGCUCCUCAUGAACUGUCAGCAAUUCAUCUGGUCGCCGACUGGACCUUGUAGCAGUCAUGCGGAGGGUGCGGCGCAGAUCUUGAGAUUGCGAGGUCGACCGGGGACCAACGACUCGUUCGAAAGGAAUCUGCUCCAGUCACUUCGAGCCGUUGUGCUCUUUGAAUCUUUGUUCAGCGACCGAAUCUCUUUCACCGAUCAAGAAUGGAUCGACAUGUUCGACAACAAGGUAUAUACCCUCAGCGCAGAGGGACGAGCAGUGCAGUGCUUGACUAGGCUGCCCAAUCUAAUGCGCAGAGCCAAAAAGCUGCUUCAAGGCAUUGAUCAAUCUCACUUCGAGCUCGCCAUCUUACAACACCAAGCGCAAAGUCUCCGAGACGAGCUCGAGCCAUCCUUAAUUGACGUCCAAAAGCGCUUUGAGGGCAUGACGAGCACGGCAAGCCUAAGCAGACGUCUGGGAAACGAACUGUCCGGCCUAAUCCAUUGCCACUAUAUUCGGACAUACGGUAUUGGGCUAACGAUUGCCAUUCUUAUCAACGAGCUUCGGAUUGCUGUGUCGAAGGAGCAUGCCAAUAUUUUGCAGGAAUCGCAUACUUUCGCAUUGCAGAUGUUGGAUCUCGCACUGAGUGCAACCCAAUAUAGGCCAGUGGGAGCUAGCGUUUUGAACUUGUGUCUGCUGGCCGCUGAGAUCGGAGCUGCCGAUUCCAGUACGGCAUGGGCCGCUCGACAGUUGCGUAUGGACUAUGACACGGAUUUUCGGGAUCCAACUGCAAGUUCAGUGACAGGCUAUGAUUGGAAGUUGAUCUGUGGCCGUGAAGCCGCGUGGUCUUAGUCAGUCUUUACGCUUCCUCGAUCUCGGCUGUCCAAUGCCUAUCAUCGAUCAUCGAACGUGGCUUUACAAGCCAUCUUUCAUAAAGCACUUGCCCUCCCCGGCUGGACCAGCUGAUGCUUGGGGCUCACUGAAUCGGUUUCUGCAAAGGGAGAUGCUCGAAUGCUCGUGCCAGUCAGAUGGGGGAGAUUUCAUACUAGCUACUAGAGCAACUGGAGAGAUGAAGGUCGUCUGCAAACAAGAACGAAGGAGGAAUACCGUCGUUUUUUGCUUUCGUGAGCGGACAUGAUAACCCAUCCCGCCAUCAUUUCUGGACUUACGAGGCUGAAAUGUGAUUAAACGUAAGGGUCUCGUGGGAUUAGGACAUCUCGAGGGGAGAUGUCAGACUAUAUACCUGCGUACUAGCGUCAGAGGCAUUACC